AUGUCAUUUCAUGUAACAGUAAAGGGAGACCCAGCAUUAGCAGCUGGACUUUCAAAUGAUAUGAUGGGAGGUAUGGGAGCUAUGGGCUCGAUGGUUCACGAUAUGGGUCACAUGAUGCACGAUGCUACCAAGAUGGCUGUCAAGGUAGCCCAUGCCGUGUCUGACAUUACCUUUAUCCCAAUUGACACACGUAACAAGAUCUGGGUGACACUCAACCAACCAUCGUACGUUGGUGGCGACAUUGUUGCUGGUACCGUCGAGAUGGACUGCAUCGUUCCAUUCUUUGCCAAGGGUGUUUUGAUCAAGUUUAAGGGUUUCGAGCGUGUCUUCCUCCAGGAGCAUCGUACCGAAACUGAGGGAACUGGCAAUGACAAGCGUACCGUACACAAGACCAUCGACCACAAGGAAAACAAGGAGUUCUUCAAGUCGACCAUCUGUGUCUACCCACACCAAGGUAGCGUCAACCCAGGCCAUUACAGCUUCCCCUUCUCAUACCAAUUGCCACCAACUCUCCCAGGCACUUUUUGCGAGGAGGGUAAGGACGCCAUGGGCGCCUACGCCGCCAAGAUCUUGUACAAGGUCAAGGCUACCGUCGAUGUAGCUCACAAGCACGACCUCAAGUUCACCACCAAGCUCGUCGUCAACGAGCGUUGUGGUGACCUCGUCAAGCCAAGCUACGGCGAGAACCGCAAGUCGUUCCUCUUGACCAAGGGCAAGUUGGUCGUCAAGUGCUGGUUGAACAAGAACGCCUACUUCCCAGGUGAGACACUCGUCUCCAAGAUCAAGGCCAACAACACCUCGACCAAGCAAACUCGCAAGGUCUCGAUCAAGGUGCACCACCGUAUGGAGCUCCGUGCCCACCUCUACCACCGUACCAUCACGCACACUGUCCACAAGCAAGAGUAUCCAGGGUUCCAACCAUGUUUCUAUGGCAAGCGUUACCUCCCCUUCUUUAUCCCAGUCGACCUCAAACCAUCUUCGUCGCUCGGUGACCACGUCAAAUCCAGUUAUAUUAUUUCCGUCGAGUUUGAUCUCCCGGGUGCCAUUGAUCUCUCGGUCGACCUCCCAUUGACCCUCUAUGCCCCACAAUUCCUCUACUCGGCCAUCCCAAGUCAACCACCUGGAGCUCCACUCCCACCCGAUGUUGCCUACCGUCACCCAUGGGAAAACGACGACAAUGUCAACCACUGCAACAAGUGCAAGUGCAAUUUCUCUCUAUUCAACCGCAAGCAUCACUGUCGUCACUGCAUGAAGAUCUUCUGCUCCAAGUGCACUGAAAAGGCCACUCCCAUCACCAAAUUGGCCUACCCCAAGCCCGUCAAGGUUUGCGACGAAUGUUACCCAAUCGCCAGUCAAGGUGGUGUUAAAUACCAAAGUGCCAAGCAAAUGCUUGCCUCUUACCAAGAGGCUCUCAGAGCUUACUAUGCCCAAUACAUUGCUGUCUAUCCAUGGAUGGCCGAACAACAAGCUUUACUUCCACAAGCUCCACCACCACCUCAAUAUUCUUCUGGUGAACCAUCUGCUCCACCUCCACCACAAUAUGCUGCUUAA